AUUAUAGAGCUGGAUGAUUUUGAAAAAAUACUUAAUUGUGAUGAUCUUUUCAGUGACAUUACUGUUGCGAAAUCAUUUGCAAUUUCUGAGGGAAAUAUAAUUUUGUAUAAUUGUUUUCUUAUUUUCAUUGAAAAAAUUAAGAUGAUUAUGGCGCGAUUCUUGCAGGGAUGUGUAACGGAUGUUUUUUUUUUGAGCCAAUCACCCAGUAUAGAGGACAGCAAAGCCAGAUGGCCCGCUCUAUUUGAGACAUCUCACAUCCAGGAUGAGUUUCACAGAAUCACAAUGGUGCAUCUUGAAUCAAAGUUCAUGUCCAAACUGGAUGAAUAUACUCCUCGACUUCUGAACCUCUUCCACUCCAAGGGCGGAAACAUGGGGUUGAGAUUGCAGGCUGUCCUACUCAAGACUCCAAGCAAUCCUGACAUCAACAUGACCAGAGCUGUUAUCAUUCGAUGUUUGAUGCUGUACCUUGGGGAAUCUACAGAUCAACUCUUAAAAGAGUACGAUGAUGCUGAUGAAGACAGUGUGUCACAGGACCUUGCUGUUCAAAGCCUGAAGAUCUACAACAUCAAAGCUAACACGUCAGAGGAUCCAGACAUCGGUAUCGUGGUGGACGGCGUGAAAAUUCUAACUGCUCUGGGUAACUUUCCAAGGGCUUGCUCCCUGCUUGUUGGGUUGGCGUAUGCUGUGAAUCUUGCCUAUCCAAAGGAGCUCAGAUACACGUUUGAAGUGUUUCAGAAACUUCUCCUCGGGCUGGAUAGUUCAAAGCUCUCCCCAAAAGUGAACAGCCUCAGGAAUAAACUACUGGCUUAAGAAAACGGACCCUUGCUAAACAAAAGGGAAUAGACAAGUCACUGUGAAAACCAACACGCAAAACUUUGUGAAAUGCUCUGUGAAGUUAGUUAAAAUUAGGGUAAUUUUCAGUUCAGUGGAUUUCUGCAUGUGUAUUUUUUCUUGCAGUACAUUACAGUUAACCACCCUUUCUAAGGACUGACCCCUUGUUCUCAUA